UAAAAAUAACAACAGGCAAAUGAUGAACUCCAAAAAACCAGCAGCGCAUCUAAUUGGUCAUGGGCCGGCACAGAAGGAAACUAUGAGAUGGCGCUCUGAUACGGAGGUGGCCUUCAUUCGCAAUGUUACACAUUCUCCUAUCACCACCGUGGUGACCAAACGCAAGGGCCUCUACUACGUCUAUUUUCAGGUUGGCUUCACUGGCGCGGGCACUAAUGUAAGACUGCUCAUUGAGGUCAUCACCCUGCAUGAAUCCACCAAUGUAAACUCCACCCUGCUGACCGGGUCCGAGAGCAUAACCUCACCCCCCCCAUACCUCGAUAAUUGGUCAGCCAGCCUGAGCCAAGGUGGACUGGCCAACCUGAAAGUUGGACAAAAACUGUACGUCCACGUAAGCCAUCCGCACCUUGUAGACUACUCUGAAGGGAAAACGUUCUUUGGACUUGUCAUGGUGUCCUGAGUCCAGGGCCAGUGGACAUGGGCUAAGUCUUAUUUAUAAGUGAUAUUGGUUUAAAAGGCGAAUUCCAGUUUCACCAAAUAAAAUCUACAUAACAUAUAUCAUUUUUGACAGUUAUUUUUGUCAAAUUUUGUGGUGUA